AUGACUGAGGCCUGGAACCCCCACAAGCGGAGGAAUGCCAACAACAUCCACAACUCCUUCACCCUCCCCACCAAUGAAUUUCUCCUUUGUGCCUUUGCUGCCUUCGAGGCCGGCUCUCACUCAGGUGGUGCCAUCGCCAAUGACUUGUCUGGCAUUUGGGCCUGGCACAUUCUCAAUGGUGUCCCUUACCAAGGGGGUACCCGCCUUGCCUACACUAUCCACUUUCUCUUCUUGUUGUGUUUCCCACACCGCGGUGCUCACUGUGCUACCCCUUCAGAUUCCAAACAGCCUGCCUGUCCUCCUGUCACUAUUGACAUGCUUAUCCUCCUGCACUCCCACCUCUCACUCGCUGAUCCUCUCAACGCUGCCUGUCUGGCAGCAGCAGACUGCACCACCUGGGGCCAAGCCCGCCUAGCCAAGUUCUCGCCUCACCACUUCCCCACAGUGGCAAACCUACAUCCCAUAUCCACCACUGGCCGUUCUUGCAUGCUCUUCCUCCCUUGGUCCAAAACUGUGCAUGAUCAUGGUGAGGAUCUGUUUUUGGGUCACCAACAUGCACCCUCUGAUCCAAUUGCCUCACUCAAUAACCAUCUCUCAGUCAACCCUCUCCGACCAUCUUCGCACCUUUUUGCCUACCAAUCCCCAUCUGGGGCUCUUGUCCCCCUCACAAAGCGAAAAUUCUUAUCACGCUGCAAUGAUGUGUGGUCACAACAUGGCCACCCUGUGAUCUCUGGCCACUCCUUUCAUAUUGGGGGGACCACUGAGCUCCUGCUCUGCAGUGUUCCACCACACAUUGUCAAAACCCUAGGCUGCUGGUCCUCCGAUGCCUUCCUGCACUAUUGGUGUUGCCUUGAACACCUGGCUCCCCUGCAUGCUGAGUUACUCAGCCCACACUUGUCCUCCAUACCUCAACCUUAA